AUGCCCAACCCGCGCACCAGCCUGCGGGUGUCCGCGCUGACCGCUGCCGCUGUCCUGCUCGCGCUGCUUGUCGGGACCCCGCUGAUCGCUGCGGGACACCGUUGUAUCUUCGACGAGCUGCAGCGCCUGCAGCUGGCGACCGGCAGCAGUGCCGUCCCCGAGGUGGGGGACCGCGGGGCGCCGCAGGGGCAGGGUGCGGAGCAGCAUGGCAGCUUCACCGCCACUGACCCAUGGGAGCCGAUCCGCAUCUCGGUGUUCACCGAGGACCUUGAUGACAGCUCCCGCUACUGCACACAGCCUGGGGAGAUGAAACCUAACUUCAAAGGCUCCAUGAUUAAAUGCAAUCCCGAUAACAUUCUCACCGAUGAAAAGAAGCAAUUGAUUCGUAAGCAGAUAAUCCCUAACGCGGUACAGAUGCACAGGGACCGCCUGCUGGUGCAACCACUCAGACAUAAUAUCCGUGUUGGACAUCUUACAGGAUCCCUCUGCCCGUACUUUACGGUUCCCCAGUCUCACCACACCACCGGUGUGCCGGAUACCGACUUUGUGCUGUACGUUGCGGCAGGACCAACUGUACCUGGUAUUAUCGGGUGGACAGCCUACUGCCAGUCUGACGCCAGUGGCCGCAUUCAGGUGGGUGUUGUCAAUUUGGGGCCUCGAAACGCUCUGGAUGUUUUCUCUUCCACACGCACCAUGGCGCACGAGAUACUGCACGCCUUGGGAUUCGACAUUGAAAUAUUUCAGAUCAGAGGAAUGAUUAUUGAUGUGUCGGUUCGCGGUAAGAAAAAAAGUUCUGUUCUGAAGUCACCAAAAGUGGUGGAAGUCGCGAGGGCACAUUAUGGUUGCAGCACCAUGCAGUACGUGGAGUUGGAGGAUGCAGGUGGUAGUCGCUCUGCGGGGUCACACUGGAAGAUGCGUAACACAAAGGACGAACUGAUGGCUCCUAUUAACGGUUCAAGCUUCUACACCGCCUUCACCAUCGCGGCGAUGGAGGACACGGGGUACUACAAGGGCAACUACAGUAAUGCUGAAAGCAUGUCAUGGGGUAAGAAUGCCGGCUGCCUGUUGUUUGAUACGAAGUGCGUUAUCAACGGUGUGUCGCAGAUGCCGGAGAUGUUCUGCGAUUCUAAAAUACGUUUAAAAAGUGAGUACAGGUGCACAUCAGAGCGGAUGGGGAUCGGAAACUGCUUAAUCAAGCAUCAUGCUACCUUGCCAACAUAUUUCCAGUAUUUUUCCGAUCCGACAAUGGGUGGCAUUUACCGUUCGAUGGAUUACUGUCCAUUUAUAUUACCAUUUAUUGAAACCAAGUGCAUAAAUGGAAAUGCAACAACUCUGCCAGGUUCUGUGUUUUCAAAAUCUGCACGAUGCUUUUCAGCUGUCUCAAACACUACCCUCCAGAUAAAAUAUGACAUUAUGCGCUCUAUCUGUGCGGACGUGCUGUGCGACAAGGGCACCUCGAAGUAUCAGGUGCGCGUGAAGGGUGCGACUGAUUUCGUGGACUGCCCACCCGGAAGCACUCUUGUGCUCUCGAAGUACAGUACAGAGUUUAAGUCUGGCGCGAUCGAGUGUGCGCCAUACGAGGAGGUGUGCAACACAAACUAUUACUGA